UCGAAGGGGUCGGACGUUGGGCCCCGUUCCGGGACGCUGACGGGCCGCUGCUGACAGCGGAGCCGAGGCGUCACCGAGCCCCCUGAGGUCCGCGCCCGCUGCCAGACUCCACCAGAGGUCUGGAGAGGGGUGCCGACACGUGCAGGGGCGAGCGAGCGACCGCCGAACUUACCGUCCGAAACAGCAAGUUGGUCCGGUCACCAUGGAGGAAGCCAAUGUUUCAGUGGCGUCUGCACUGCAGGAUGAACUCGGACAGCGACCCUUUGUCCACCUCACCAGACGUGAUGUCGGAUCAGAAGAGGCUGCUGCAGCUCAGCAUCAACAGGAACCAGGAGGACAGCGCCGUGUCCUCGGGCAGCGAGCCGGAGUACGGCGGUCCGCCCGCCCAGAUGAGCGUCACUGAGCGUCUGAUCCGCUCCCACCCGGUCUGGUUCCUGCCGGGGCUGCACCGCGCCGGCGCCGAACACCUGCUGCAGGACAAACCGCCCGGGACGUUCAUCGUGCGCCAGUCCAGCCGGGCGCCAACCAUGGCGCUGACUGUGCGCCUGCCGCCCGGCAAGGGGCCGCACGUGGAGCACUUCCUGGUUCGCGUGCAGGGCGGCAAGCUCGGGCUCGAGCUGUCCGACCACCGGUUCGACAACAUCUCCAGCCUGAUCGCCCACUACUCGUGCCACAGGGACGAGCUGCCGGUGCUGCUGCAGCUGCCGCCCAGUCUGCAGCGUGUCGACUCGCGUCACCAGCUCUCCUCGCUGGCACUCCUCGGACAAGAGUUCUGGACGUGUCGGCUGGCCGGCCGCGCCCUCGUCAGCCGCGUGGGGAGCCCGACCGGCACGGUGACAUCCGUGACGAAGGCGCCGCCGCCGCCGCCGCCCCGCUGGUGCAAGCCGUCGCUCUCCUCCCCGGCGGGGAUCUGCUGCGACGGAGACGACGACGGCAACUACGGCGACGCCAGCGGCGGUGCGCCCGAGCGCAUGGUAGUCGACGGCCACGUUCCAGGGGGCCUGCCGCGCGGCGGCCGGCGGCGCGGCCGCAAGAAGCGCUCCGCCCACUACCAGGAGUCGGACCUGCUCGACUCGCCGGCCGCCUACUGCCGCAGCUCGGUGGCCGACAAGAUCUCCGACUACGAGGAUAUAUGGGGCGUCGCCGGGCGCACCGAGCAGUGGCGCCUCGACUCGAGCUGGGAGUUCCUGGGCCGCGGCGACGACGGCUGCGACGCCGACUCGGAGACGGACGAGGAAGCGCCGGGCGAGCGGCCGGUCACGCGGCAGACGACCUCCACCGAGCCGCCGCCGGACCCCACCGCCGAGAUCUCGCCCGAGGAGCAGACGCGUAUCGUGCACGCCAUCAUCCGGCAGAGCCUGCCGCUGGCCGUGCCACCGGCCGCCUCUGUGUCGGCCUCCGAGUACGACAACCUGCGCCCGUCGGCGACGGCGCUGGCGACGUCGGCGGCGGACCGCGGCACCGACGCCGACACUGACACGGACGUCUCCAAGUGGCAGUCGAUCAUGCGUUUGAUGAGCGACCAGAUGCGACUGCGCAGCGGACAGUUCGACGCCGACGAGCGUCUGUUCACCGACUCCGAGUCGUUCGUGCUGGCUGCGGGCGAGCCGGAGCGGGAGCGGGAGCCGGAGCCGGUGUCGGCGCCGCAGACGGAGCCGGCGGCGGUGGAGAUGCCGGACCGGCUGAUGCCGCCGCGGCUGCCACUCUCUCGCUCCCAGCAGGAGUCGCUUUAUUCUCCGCCCCGCCUGAACAGCCUCCGACUUCACCGGAAGAGUCAGCAGUCAGGCGCGGCCAUCAGGGACUACGUCAUGAAGCUGGCCAACGACGACUCCAGCACGUUCGCGCUCUGCAUAUUUAACUUCCUGCAGUGCACGCGGGAGGGUGCUGAGACGGACCCGCACGUGGUGAUGCGAAACGUGCGUCAGUUCUGCAACGGCAUCAAGAACUAUCUGGUGAAGCACGGGGAGGCGGAGUUCCACCAGGUGGUGCACCAGGAGAGAGAUAAGCUGUCUUCCACCGAGUUUCUGAACCUGGACGCGAUCCUGGAGGGCGUGCUGGAGGAGCUGCUCGUCACUCCGCUGCACGACCACGUCAGCCGUCUGUGGCGCGAGGCCGCCCAGCGCAGUGGCGCCACCCAGCGGCUGGCAGAGAACUUCGAGUUCGCGCGCAGCCGCCCGGCGGUGGCGCUGGGCCUGAAGCCACAGCAGACACCGCCGACGGCCGCCGUGCUCGCAUCGGUGCGCCACUUCCUGGGCCGGAUGCAGGACUCGGCCAGUCCUCUGGACAAGCUGGAGAGCCUGCUGGCAACGGUGUCGGUGCUGUUCUCCGCGGCCGGCGGUGAAGACGCCUCCAUCCCGGCCGACGACUUCCUGCCGCUGCUGCUGUACGCGCUGGUCCACUGCCACGUCACCAAUGGCGAGUUCGAGGCGGACUACAUGUGGGGUCUGCUGCACCCCCUGCUGCUGAACGGCGAGGCCGGCUACUACUUGACCAUGCUGUCCUCGGCCGUGCACGUGCUGAAGAACCUGCUGCACUACCUGGGUGACAGGUCCCGCGACUCCAACACCCGGCUGUCGCAGCGUUCGGGCUCUUGCAGCGGCAGCGAGACGGUGGAAGGCUUCCUGCGGGUGGUGAUCCCGGAUGAGCAGCAGGGCACCAUCCUGAGCCGCACGCUGCCCUGCCGGCCCGGCACCACCGCCCGCGACCUCUGCAGAAUGCUUGACCACAAGCUGCGCAUCACCAGCCCCCAGGACUACGCCCUCUUCAAGCUGAUCGACGGCGAGGAAACGCUGGUAGGCGACCUCGAGUGCCCACAGCAGGUCAAGCAGGACUUGGCCGCCAAAGGCGUGCAUUGCAUGCUUGCCUACAAGCGGCUAGAGGCCAAGAUCGCCUGGCCGACCGGGGAACUGUGAACUGGAGGACUCAUCCUGCGCGAAGUAAUGUCGCCCGAAUUGGGGCGUCGCUAUUUUUACAGUGUACCUUAAGUAGCUUGCUCCCAGGUCUGUGAAGUGUUAGUGACGUCCGACUUGAGUGGCGGAAGCUUCCGUGCAUCUGCAGUCGGAGGUCGCGAGCACCGCGAUGGUGCGGCCCGCGCGCUGGGAAUGCCAACGCUGCCAUCUGUGGAGAGAACAGACAACUAUAAUGUGAAGACCGGAUCUUGUAGGCUGUAGCUAGGAGUACGCAACGUGCAAUGCUUGACACGAGAGUCUGAAGCAGAGUGGAUGAGAAGUUAUUGAAUGCUCUAGUCAGGUGUAUGCAGCUGAUCGGUUUUCUACUUUUGCUAAUUGCAAUAUACGUUUGUCUCUCGGAUCUUCUCUUGA